AUGGCUGCCAGCUUAGGCGCAGCGUCACUAGGUGAUGUGCAUCAUGAGGGGCUGGACGAGCUUCUGCAUGAUCUUGCAAAUAUCUAUCCUGACGAUGACUUUCAUGGUCCGUCACUAGGCGUCCCAGUUCUCGAUGCGCUUGUUGAGGUCUUCAUGUUAAGAACUAUGGGCCCUGUCCCUGAUCACCACCACCAGAAUCAGCAAGAUCUGUACCCGCCAUUGCUGCAUGAACAGGACCAGGAGCUGAACGAAGCUGGCGAGGAUAUGCUUUUUACCGACGAGUACGGUGAUGCCGCAUUUGAUGAACAAGUAACCCGGUCCAAUCUCUUCUUCCUAGACUCUGCCUACAGGAGAAAGCGGCCAAUACCCACCGUGGAGAUCUCUAGCAGUCUUUCAGGUGCUGGUAAAUCACAGUUACUUUAUUACAUGACCGCGCGUGCGGUUUUGCCUCGCGAGCAUGGUAAUAUUCCCAUUGGUGGACAAGGUUCGGCCGUGGUUUUCAUCGAUGCCGAUGACCGGUUUGAUGUACGCAGGCUGCAGAUGGUAGCUCGAGGAAUUGUUCAGCAGGCACAGAAAUCUAUUGAUCCAGAGAAACUAGAGGAUGAAUUCUCUGCAAAGAUACCUGAUGAUGAGCUGGAAGCUGUGCUCUCCUCCGCGCUAAAACACGUUCAUAUUUUCCGUCCACAAUCAUCCUCUGCGCUCCUGGCUACACUUGCCAGCCUGAAUACAUAUCUUUAUGAUAUCUCUCGCCAUCAAUCUGCAUCAUGUCCCCUGCAUAUGAUUGCCAUAGAUAGCGCCACGGCUUUUAUCUGGCAAGACAAAUUGCGUGACAGUCUCGCUCGAGCCGAGGAUGUCGGACGUUCUCGAGAGGAAAAUGACAAGCUACGAGAAAUGAAGAAUAGCUUCCAUUUCAUCGAUCUUUACGCUGAAAUUGUCACUGAAUUAAAGCGUUUACAAGCCCUUUUUGGAUGCACGAUUGUCUACACAACGACCGUCACUGGGUUCCGGCCGAAGAAUAUUAAAGACGACCAAACUGGUCCUCUGGGCCCUUAUGACACACCUGUAUCCCAGACUCCGGCUCUCCAGCCUGCUCUUCCGGCGCCGUGGGGAGAAUUUCCCCUCCUACGUCUAGUUGUGCAGCGGGAUGCUGUUCGUUCAUUCCCGCCAGCGAUGAGUGCGCAUGAUGCUAGGAACGAUGCCCCUAUGCGGCAAAGCGCAGUUCGCCAGGGCAAAUUCUCGGCCUAUGUCAAUGCAUGGAGACAAGAAGAGUGGCCUCGCCGGGUGGUAGAUGGACUUAGGCCCUAUGGCAAUGGAAGCUUUGCAUUUUAUGUCAAAAAUGAUGGAAUCGAGAUCCCUCUACCUGGACAUGAUGAAGCGGAUAUAUGA